AAAAACAACAGUAAUGGAAGGGUUUCUUCGGUUCCUUGUAGCGAAAGCCAUCUUGUUGGCUAUAGCAUCUUCGUUUGUGUCUUGUUACGAUCCAAGUCCUCUUCAAGACUUUUGUGUUGCCGUCAAUGACGCUAAUGGCGUUUUCGUGAAUGGAAAAUUCUGCAAAGACCCAAAAUACGUGAAAGCCGAAGACUUUUUUACUUCCGGGCUAAACAUCGCCGGAAACACCAUGAACCGCGUCGGCUCCAACGUUACAAAUGUCAACGUCGACAAAAUCCCUGGACUCAACACUCUUGGAGUGUCUCUUGUCCGAAUUGACUUUGCCCCGGGAGGUCAAAACCCGCCGCACACACACCCACGAGCCACCGAGAUACUCGUGCUUGUUGAAGGAACGCUCUUAGUCGGGUUUGUGACAUCGAACCAAGACAACAACAGACUGUUCUCAAAGGUUCUUUAUCCCGGAGAUGUAUUUGUGUUUCCCGUUGGAAUGAUACAUUUUCAAGUGAACGUUGGGAGGACGAACGCGGUUGCGUUUGCUGGUCUUGGUAGCCAAAACCCUGGUACGGUCACAAUCGCAGACGCGGUCUUUGGAUCGACGCCUUUGAUUAUGCCGGAGAUCUUAGCUAAAGCGUUUCAGCUGGAUGUAAACGUGGUUAGAUUUCUCGAGGCAAGGUUUUCUUCCAAGUAUGAUCGUCACUAUUAAAAAUACUUCAAAGGAAUGACUGGAAAAAUGUAUUGAUAAACAAUCUGAAGAAAAUAUGUAUUAUAGUGCGCGCGUGAGAACUAAAAUAAAACAAUCAAGCCUGUAAUAAAAAAGAAAGAUGUGUCUUCUAUAGUUUGGUAAUAAAAUACGAAGUGUAAAUGGAUGAAUGAUGAAAUCAAUCUCUUUUUUUUGCUU